AUGGAAGAUACUCCUCAACGUCGACCUCUAAAUCCACCCGACAAUGACCAGGAUGACAACGUUAAUAACGAUGUUCAUGAUCCAGAUAUACGCCUGAAACAUUUGUGCUUAAACCAAUGCUUAAAAUACCAACAACGUGUAAGUGCCAACAUCAAUUCAGUUUUGGUGAGGCCCGGAACUAGUAUGCGGCACCGUUCUUUACGAAAAUUUGUUCCAUACUUUGUCGACGACAGCGGAAAGACCCCACCGAAGAAUGAAGAUGCUCGUAAUGAAGAAAGAGCUAGAAAUUCUGUUGUCGUUAAUAUUAAAAAAUGGACUGCUAAUGAUAGGAAGCUGCUUGCUGCUGCGGUCCAAGAACAAGUGCUGGAGGAAGAAAUCGCUCCAAUUUUAUUCAAACGCACUGGCUUAGAGAUCCAAUAUAAAAAAUCUGAGGAUCCUGAUAUCAAGAGCCAAAUCAGCAAGGAACAAAAAGCAAUUGAUAAGUUUCGAUCGCUAUCAUUAAAAGAAUUACUUAUGAAAGUCCGUAUGCCUAAAAUCAACUGGCGAAGAAUUAGUUCUCAGUUUUUGCCUCGACACACUCAUUUUCAGUGUGAGUUACAAUGGUUUAAUGUUGAUCACCCUAAUAUCAACUAUGGCCCUUGGUCAGCAACGGAAGAUCAAAACCUUAUAAAUCUCGCGCAAGAAAACAAAUUUUUGAAUUGGAUUGCGAUUGCAAGAUCUUUAGGAGUAAACCGGACUCCUGCCCAGUGUCUGCAACGGUAUAUAUUACAUCACGAUAGCAGUGUAUUUAAAAGUCGAUGGACAGAAGAUGAGGAUGAUUCUCUCAAAAGUCUAGUUAAAGCCCUAGGUACAACAAGCUGGCAACAAGUUGCUAGCUAUAUGGAAGGUAGAACGGGUCAACAGUGCAUGUUUAGAUGGAAAGCAAUCGAUCCUGAUAAGAGAAGAGGAGCGUUUACCAAAGAAGAAGAUCAGCUUCUGGAGGAAGGAAUUAAGAAAUAUGGAUCAGGACAUUGGCGUAAGAUUCAGCAAACCUUCCUACCGUGGCGGACCGAUAUACAAAUUAGAGACAGGUGGAUUAAUGUUCUCGAUCCCGAAGUCAAUCGCAAGAGAUGGACGAUAGACGAAGAGAGGAAACUUUCAUCACUAAUUCAACACAUUGGUGAAGGAAAAUGGUCACAAAUCUCUAAAGAAAUGAGUCUUCGAACAGAUAAUCAAUGUCGUAGGAAAUGGAUAUCUAUUCAAAAUUCCUCUAAAAGGAAAGCACGAUAUCAAAGUUUACGGAGGUUUCCAAUAAGUGGCAAUAUCUCAGAAAAUAGCGGCUUUGAUCAAUUGUUCACAGAGGCAGGGAAAGAUACAGUAGCAUCAAAUAGUACGCACCUGGUAGAAAUAUCAGAAAAUCUCGCCGAGAAGCAGCCCCUAGCAAAGAGAUCAUCUAAUAUAGAUACUGAAGAUUUACAGGCGAUACAAGGUAGUCCUGCAAAGAAGCAGAGUCGAUCAGACGAAUCGUUAGAUGAAGCGAGGGGACAUGAAAAUAUGAUUACUAAAGAAUCAGAGAUAACGGCAGAUCACAAUUAUGCUGCUACAACAGAAACAACCAAAAAAUCGGCUGAAAUAGAUAAUAGCAAUUCUUCAGACGCAAUCCUACCUACGGUAAAGACUAAGCCACAAGGUAUACCAAAAGAAGCUAUUUGGGAUCUUUCUCGUCUACAACGCAGUAUUGAUAAGAAGCUGCUAAAAUUAACUGAUAAAUACAGUGGAUAUUUAAGUAAUAAAGGAAUCAAUUUUCCCCCUCAAGAUAAAGACUUAUAUGAGAAAAAACUACAAAAAAUUAAGAGCGUAGCCUAUCAGGAACGCGCUCAGAUUGAGAAACGAUAUCUGUUACCUACUGGCUAUUUAUCCGUUAACUUUAAUGUAAUAUCAGUAAACAUACCAAACCAAAAUUCGUAA